AUCCGCCGCCCCGAACGCCUGCGGCUCGCAUCUGUCGCGGAAAAUCAUAGCGACACCCGAGAUAUCACGCCCAAUCGCCUCCGCUCCGCCGUUGUCGCGCACGCCCACCGUAUGCUGAGUAUCAUGGGUAACUUAUGCUGCGGCGGAGAUGACCUCGAAGUCAACAACAGGAAGACGGUCGCGGGCGGCCCCCCCGUACCACAGGUUAUGACGCCCACAGAGGACGAGCGCCGUCGACAAGCCCUUGUUGCGGCCGAGGAACGCGCGAGACUGGGCGCGGUUAGGGGCACUCAACGGACACAGCCGAAGCCCAAACCAAAAGUCUAUGAGAAUAAUGCACCGCUCGGGAAGAGCGGACCAGACAUUUCGGACUGGAACUAGAGAACGGGGUAUCUCAUUCUCGAGUUUGACUGCGCAUCGACAGUCGUAGCUCUUAUUGACUCUCCAUUGCAUAUUAUGUUGAGCGCAUGUCGUGCCGACAUAGAAGGACUCGCUGCUGUUCACGGCAAGCUCGCUCCCUAGCCGGACACAGAUAUUGCGCAGUACUCUUCUCUAGACAGCGAGUUGCCGCAGUCAUUCCACGAUGCCGCGGUGAUGUUCUCAUUUAAAAGUAAAUAUGUUUGUUAGGUACUCCUAUAUCAGCUGCACGGAGUUCAU